GAUUUCCCUUGUUGUGGUAGUUGCGGAACUUAAAGAUUCUGAGUUGUGCACUUUUUGACUGACAAAUUAGUCACUAGUGACUACUAACUAGCUUAUUGAAGUUCGAAGUAAGUGAACGUCAAACUGACCAGACAAGAGUGAGUGAAGUGAACGUGAACCAAUGAAACUGCGAAUAUAGAGUGCAGGUCUUUGUUCUGCGUUGACAAUUGUUGGUUAUGUUAGUAAUUUGAACUUGUUGACGUUUACACAUUUUAUAAUAGAAAUGUUUCUAAUUAAUUCUCCGUAAGUGGAGUUGCUUAGUUUUAUAUUUGUGAACCAACAGGUUAAAUUUAUCAUUAUAGCUUAAUAUUUCAUAAAUUGAUUAAUUUAGUUCAACUUAAUAAUAUUGUUCACUUAGGCUAGACUUCCGGAAAUAUCACACUAGCAGAGAUCUCUUAAUGUAUUAAUCUGUAUACCAUUAUGUUUAUCUAAUCGACACUCCUAAAUAGUUUUAUGCUUUAUUUCAAAUUAUAAAUGAUCAGAAUGUUGGCUCCCAAUGAAGGAUCAACAAAUGACUCUGACAAUAUUGCAUCUGCAGGUGAAAAAUCUAAUGACAAAGUUCCUCUAAUUUUGCGAAGAAGAAUUUUCCAUGGCAUUGCUGGAAUUUUUGGAUUCAAACGAAAUGCAGGAUUGUCUGCAGAAAAUGGCUAUGUGGAAUUCGGAAGCCUCGGUGGUGAAACUUCCAGUAGCCGAACCUUGGGAACAUUUGCAGGAGUUUUUAGCCCAGUUGCUCUGUCCAUGUUCAGUGCCUUACUUUUUUUGAGAGUUGGAUUUUUAGUUGGCAACGCGGGACUGUUAGUGACUCUAUUGCAGUUUGGAAUUGCCUAUGGGAUCUUGCUGUUUACUGUGGCAUCAAUAUGUGCAAUAUCAACCAAUGGUGCUGUGGAAGGAGGAGGAGCUUACUUUAUGAUCAGCAGAACUCUCGGCCCAGAGUUUGGGGGUUCGAUAGGAACAUUGUUCUUCUUGGCAAAUUUGGUCAGCAGUGCUCUGUACAUUGUAGGAUGUUCAGAAGGACUGGUGGAAAAUUUUGGACCCUCUGGUAUAAUGGUGGGUGAUGGUCCUCCGAUCCUGCCUGAUGGUCGCUGGUGGAGGUUCUUCUACUGUUCAAUGUUGAAUGUUCUCAACCUUAUAGUUUGCCUGAUUGGAGCCAGCAUGUUCGCCAAGACAAGUGUUGUUAUUCUGGGAACAGUCUGUGUGUCUCUCGGUUCUACGAUCAUAAGUUUUAUCAUUCAAACACCUAUGGAGGUACCUAUCCCUGAGGGCAAUGAGUUGGUACAAAACAGUACAUACCAUGUGAAUGGGAGCUUCACUGGACUACUGGCUACUACACUCCAAGACAACUUGUAUCCGGAUUAUGGCAGAGAUUACACUAGCAACGGCAGCCCAGUGUUCUUCUCUACUGUGUUUGGAGUACUCUUCAGUGGUGUGACAGGAAUCAUGGCAGGAGCCAACAUGUCUGGUGAGCUGAAAGAUCCCGCUAAGAACAUACCUCGGGGAACAUUAUCCGCAGUAGGGUUCACCAUGGUGUGUUACAUGGUGGUAUCUGUGCUCACUGCGGCUUCCUGCUCACGCUUCCUGCUCCAGAACAACUUCAUCUUCAUGUUGCCAAUCAACGUGUGGCCUCCCUUCAUAACCAUCGGUAUCCUCACUGCAACCUUCUCGGCCAGUCUGAGCAAUCUCAUUGGUUCGAGUCGCGUUCUUGAGGCCCUUGCCAAAGACAAUGUUUACGGUAAAUUGCUCAGUUUUGUGUCUGCCGGAGUUUAUCGCAACAACCCAGUGGUAGCUGUGUUCCUGUCUUGGGCUCUUGUACAACUCAUUCUGCUCAUUGGUUCUCUCAACACCAUUGCUCAAAUCAACUCUGUUCUGUUCCUCUUAUCCUACUUGGCAACAAACCUGGCCUGUCUGGGACUAGAACUUGCCUCUGCCCCAAAUUUCAGGCCCUCAUUCAAGUACUUCACAUGGUACACUGCAUUUGGAGGCCUGUUCGGUACCCUGGUCAUGAUGUUUAUCAUCAACCCUCUGUAUUCGUUCUGCAGCAUUGUCCUCUGUAUUCUGCUUAUCCUCUUGCUACAUCUCUUCUCCCCUUCCCGCAGUGCUGACUGGGGCUCCAUCUCCCAGGCAUUGAUAUUCCAUCAGGUUCGAAAAUACUUGCUCAUGUUGGAUUCAAGAAAGGAUCACGUGAAAUUCUGGAGGCCUCAAAUCUUGCUGAUGGUGGUGAAUCCCAGAUCGUCUUGCGCUUUGAUUGACUUUGUUAAUGUGUUGAAGAAAAGUGGUUUAUAUGUGCUGGGACAUGUUAAAGUGGGGCCUGAAUUUGCUGAUCUUGAAACUGAUCCAACUUUAGUGGAGAACUCUCACUGGCUGUCUCUGGUUGAUCAUCUCAAGGUGAAAGCCUUCAUAGAGCUGACUGUAGCUCACAGUGUACGUGAGGGUAUGCACCACCUGAUCAGGAUAUCCGGCAUGGGUGCUAUGAAGCCAAACACCAUUGUGCUUGGAUUUUAUGAUAAUGAAGAACCCAGGGACUUCUUUCAAAGUCCUGAGUCUCUAUACAGAACUAAUUUAUUCCAAGAUGAGUUCCAAGGUCGAAGUUUGUUUCCACUUAGAAAAGAUUUGUCUGAGAAACAGUUGUGUGGCAGUGAGUAUGUUUCCCUCAUCAGUGAUAUUCUGCGCAUGAAGAAGAAUGUCUGCGUUUGUCGUCAUUUCCAACUGCUAGACAAAACUGCUGUAGCAACGCAAGGGAGGUACAAGUACAUUGAUGUGUGGCCAGUGAACUUUUUUGAUCCCAACUCAGACGAUCCUUUUGAUACCAGUAGUCUGUUCAUGCUCCAGCUGGCCUGCAUCAUUCAGAUGGUGAAUGGGUGGAAACACUUGAAAUUAAGAGUUUUUCUGUGUGAUGGCCGUACAACCCACAUUACAGACUUAACAGACUUCCGCAACUCAAGAAGUAAUGAACUUCGGUUUAAACAACAACUCCAUCUUUUGAGAAUUUCUGCUUCCAUUCAUCAGGUUCCAGAAUGGUCUCGCCUGUUGGCUUCGUUGCGUGGAGGCUGUGUCUUGCAGACCAGUGAUGAGGUUCAAGUGGUGGCUGACAAUAUUUCUCGAGCAUAUCUGCUGAAUGUGAAUCAGAUAAUCCGGCAAAACUCAGAGCACACGGCCCUGACAUUUGUGUACCUACCGCCACCGCCUCGGGUGAAGAACAGUGGUCAGUACUUGCAGUGCCUCACUGAGCUGACAACUGACUUGCCGCCAACCGUGCUCGUACACGGUGUUAGUGCUGUCACCUCGACUACUCUUUAAACCCACCUACUCGCUCCGUCAACUUUCAUAUUAUUCAUUCUUAACAUUAUAUUAACUUAUCAAUUACUUAUACAGAUCCUAGGCUACUUAAUUUAUACUUAUUCCCCUUUCAUAGUGGAUACGACUCAGUGAUUCAUUUGUAUACCUUACUUGUGCAAAUUUUAAAUGUUUUAGAUUUACAUUAAGUUAUUUUAAUUUACCAUUCACAAGUUUGGAACUAACAGUAAUGCUUUAACAAAUUUUAGAACGUUAAACAAGUUGUUAUUGAAGAACUGGCUAAAGUUGCAAAAUUGUAUGUACAUUGUUGUAAGUGAGCCAGUUAGUAAAAAGAUAGAACAGAACGAUUUUAUUACUAACGCAUCCAAUAAAUCGUUAAUGGUGCCUUGUCUUCCUAUAAAUGUAGUAGUGUUCAUAUUUUUUAUUUGUUCACAAAAUUAACAAAGUUUUUAAACUAAUUGGUUUUAAGUAAUAUAAUUUUUAUUAUUUUAUUUUAUCCAUAGCGUACUUGAAGAAGAUUGCAUUCCUUUACUAUAUUUAGUGAAUAUUUUACCUUUGACAAUUAAAAAUAUACGGUUUUAUUUAUCUUAUUACAUAAAGUGCUUUUCAAAGCUCUUGAUGAUAUCAUUUACAAUAUUACAUUUUAACAUGAAUAAAUACAUAUCUCUUAACACUUUAACACCCAAGUGACAUAGUCACCCUGUGUAAAUUCUGGGAGCUGAUGUGACACCAUUUUUAUGUCUAUGAAACAAUGAGAGUGUAUAAGAUUGAGAAGGCUUGAGUGCUAUUUUAUCAUUUCUUGAAGGGCCUACUGGUUAGAUUGUAUAGUGGUUUAUCUGUAUAUAGAUCAAUUGUAAUAUGUUAUUAGUGUGAACUGUUGUUUCUACAUUUUAUUUCUUUUAAUAUACAUAUAUGACAGUUUUUUUUAGUUUAAUUACAGAAGCAAGUACUGAAAAAUAUGGCAUAAAACUUUUACUAAACCUUAAUCAAUUUAAUUUGGACUAUUCAAUGGAGUAUUUACUGUCCAACUCCAUUAUAAAAAUAGUUUCAUACAUUGGUAUGGAUGAAGGUGUAAAAUGUUUCUAUAACAUAUAUUUAUGAAAUGAAGAGCGUGUAAGUUAUUUAUCACCUCAAGAGAUACAAAAAGUUAUAAAAAUGUUUAGUAAAAAAAGUAUUAAUCUGUUAAAAUGUUAAGUGUUGCCAGUUUUGUGUUAAGUUGUCGACAGGUUUACAUUGACUGUAAUUUUUUAGAUCUUUAAAAUUCCAGGUAUACUAUAAAUUAUACACAUGUGUACAUUAUCUUAAAAGCCAUCUGUACUUUAUAUUGCUAAUGGAUGUGUCUUGAUGAGUUAUCAUGUGUCUUAGCAUAAUUUUGUUUGGAAAACCCGCUUUUUCCUAUUAUUGCCAUUUUUAUUAUGGGCUAUAAAUGAACUUCACCUACGGUGGAUGUUAUAUUAGUUAUGGUUAUCAUGGGCCUCUAUUGGCCCAAAUUGUUUACUUCUUAAAUUGUGCUUUUAAUUCCAUGUGCUGUGUCCAGAUAUGCCCUCUUAUGUCUCGUUUGUUAUUUACCUAAUAUUGCACUUUUUAGAAAUUGAGAAAAAUUGUUAAUUUUUUUUAGGUAAAACCUUUACAACAAUAAUUGUGUGACUUAUUUUACAGUAUCAGUUAGUACUGUAAACAAGUUCAUUAAGUGAUUAACAGAGACUAAACAACAUGCAACUAUGUAUUCUUGUGGACAAUAAUGCUCCAUAACAGGAUUGAACAGGUAUUGGCCAUUAGUGUCUCAUGUCAGCAAGAGUCCUUUUGCUCAUUAUUGCUUGAGGGUCGAAUAAUCAAUAGUUAAGUUUAAGAUCUAAUUGAAUUGUGUUUUUAACUCGUAGAUAAAUAUUCCUUUACAUUUUAAAUAUUGUGUAUACUUUAUAUUAUUUGGUCAAAUGGCUGACAAAUACUUGAUGGAAUCAUUUACCAUAAUCAAAUAGUUAUUACUUUGUAUGAUAAUUUUUUAAAUUUAGCGUUUGUCUAACUGUAAAUGCAAAGAUAACAUAUUUUCCAACUGUUGAAUUUGCAUGGAAAUACUAUUAGAGAAUGAUAUUCUAGUUUGUGAAUUAAUAACAGUGCUGGUUACUUCAUAAAUUCACAUUACACUAAAAGUUGGUUAUUGUAAAAUAUUGAAUUUUUAGAAUAUAAUUAAAAUAAACUUUAUUAUUGCAUUAAUCUGGACAUUAAUCUUGCCUCAAAGCUAUACUUAUUUUUGUUUUUCUAAGUAGUGUACCAUUAGCUUUAGGUUGAUCUUUGAGCCAAAACCUAUGCUCUGGUUGGUCAAACAUGACUGUUAUUAACCCUUCGUACGCUGAAAGCAAUUUGUAUAAAAUUGCUCUAAUGCUCAAUAAAAAAAAAAUAAUAAUUUUUAAUUUUUUUAAGGUUAUAUAUCUUUUUUAGGUUUAUUUGUCUUGCAACUGCUGAAAACACAUGAUAGUUUUUGUAUUGCUUUUAUUUUAUUUACAUAUGAGUACAUCAUAUACAUGUAAAUAUACACGCAAUAUAUAAAGUCCAAUAAACAUUUCUGAAAGUAGCAAAAGUUAGCACAACAGUAAUUCAUAUUAUUUAUACAACAUUAGUAGAUAAUGAAGGGAACAAAUCCAUGACAAAUAUAAAAUAUAUAAAAAACACAAAAUGGUACAAAAAUAAAAAAGGCACACUAAUAUUGGACUUGUGUGUGGUAAAUCUCAAAACACUCAUCUGGGUGGAGGGCAGGCUUGGCCUCACAUGUUUUACAUAGAUGUAUAGUUUAUCACAUUAUCAAUAUGGAUAACCUCGCAUAAUAGACAGCUAAAGCAAUAUAGCAGGUUAAAAACAAUAAACAACAGUACAUAGCGGCCGCCGGCAGCUGACUGUCACGCGCGAGUAUUUCCGCUUAGAGCGUACAGCUUGCUCACUGGCGAUGGCGCGGACUGACAAAGCAAACAAAAGCUUCCGUUGUGAUUGGUCCCGCUGUUUUGAUGAGUCACGCUUCACAUUGCGUAAUAUUAGAUCACCAAAUAUUCACUCUCAAGCAUUCUGGCGGCAAUUUGUAGAACUAACAUAAAUAUAUUGCGUUGUCAGGGGAUUCCGCGAUCUAUUCCGCUUAGAACGUUUUGAGUUAGAUUUACUCGGCGGAAUAUUCCGCUUACAACGUACGAAGGGUUAAAACAACGUAAAGGUAAUUUCAUUACAGGCUGAUAAUAUAUAACAGUUAGGUUUGAAACUCUAAAAUAACAUUUUAAUAAGUCAUUUGAGUACAUUUUGAGCAGUUGUAUGAUUUUAAUUCAUAAUAAUAUGUCGAAUUGGUAAAUGGCACUUGAUUACAAGUGCCAAGAGAGAACAUGUGAUAAAAUAUCUUACUAAAACAUUCAGACAACCAAAACUGUUGCUGUAACCCCCCCCCCUCCAUUGUGGCAUGCAUGUAUAUUAGAAUUAAAUGUAAGAGCAACAACUAAAAGCGCCAAGAAUGUUUCUCAAAGAAAUACUAGUUUUGAGUAUUUAGUUUGAUCAAAAUAUUCUUUGAUAUAAAGAAUAUCUAAUGGUAACAUUUGUAUAUUCUUUGAUGCGUUAUAAUGUACUUUCCCAGGAUGGUUUACUUCUGGAUGGUUUAUGUUUUCCAGUUAAACCUACAGUGGGUACAACAAAACCAAUAUGUCUCAAAUCUUGACCAUCUUAUGGUUGUUCAGGAGCGGUACUUCACUAACCGCAAAUGUUGAGAUUAGAGUGCAAGGUUAGAGCAAUAGGUCUAGUCUACUAUAGGAGAUGACUGUUGCAGUUGGUGGGGCCCCCUAAGUGUAAAAGGCUGUUUCUAGCCCAUACAUAAGGGUGUGUCACUCCCUGCCUGCUUUGACUAGAGAGGUUGGUACAGAAUUACCCUCUCCCUUUUCCAAGGAGAUAUACUAAUGCUCAAAAUCCUUCCUCAUGGAUCUCGACAGGAGGUGGCCUCUACCCCUAACCUUACCCAUCCAAAAUAUCUUGUCACUACAUAAGCGGCACAAAGGUUGUUUUAGGACUAAGUGUUACUUCUCAGCUUCUUGUCCUAAGAGAACAAAAACAGAAUUAUAAAGUACAGUAGAACUCCAAUUAUCCGGAUUAAUUGGGAUUGGACCCGAUCCAGAUAAUAAAAAAUCUGGAUAGUGUAAUUUUUCUUGAAAAAAUGCUGUUUUCAAGAAAAAAAAACAAUAAAACACAAUAGAGAACAUUUACGGUAUUUAUUAUAAAAAAGCUAUAUCAAUGACAAUGUUCACAUUACGUAUACAAUGGAGGAUACAUUUUUGUAAUGUCUGAUAUUUUCCCACUUUGUGUACCUCGGCUAAAUGUUUAUCUGAGUUACCUUUGUCCAACUGUUUCAUAAUUUUAAAUUUUCUGCCAACGAUAAUACUACAUGUUUUCUCUUUGAACUCAUUUUAGUACAAUACUGCACAUGAUAAUCAAAACACUAAGGAACAUGAAAUACUCAACAUAUCAAUUAACCCUAUUGCAGGCUUAAGAAGCAUUGGCUGGCCGACUAUUAAUAUACUGUAGUGAGUGACAGUAGUAAGGUGGUGAGGCAGUGUGAGUCAUUGCUUCCCUUCACCCUCGCCCCCCCCGUCAACACUAUCGCUACACUAUGUUCCCAGUUAGAAGGGUCAACUACUGCAAGCGAUUCAUGCAUAUUCAUUGCUUGCAGGGCAAUGUGCCAUUAAAACCCUGUUUUAUAUAUUUUCUUGAUCUGAUCCGGAUAAUUGGAAUCUGGGUAAUUGGAGUUCUACUGUACUUGGUUUCACGUGCUAUAGUGACCUGCCAAAAAAUCCAUUGAAAAUUUAUUAAUAAAAUUUCAUUUAUAUCGUUGUAACAUGAAAAGGAGCCAUUGCAUAUCACAAUAAAGUCGUUAUAACUCUUAAUAUCACAAAACUAUUAUGUUGCUUCUGUGGUUUUAUUUGUGAUAUUUUCUGUUACAAGUAACUGAAUGUUGAUGAUUUUUUUACCUAUAUCUAUAUAUUGUCAAUUGUUUUUGUUUUUUUCGAAUUUAAAUUUGUUGCAUAUUACUAGCUAUUUUGUGAUGUUGUGGUAAGAUGAACACAAUUUCAACGAAAAGUGUUGGGUAUAUUAUUGUAUACUGUUUACAAAGGUCUCCCAAAAUAAUAUUUUUGAUACAUAUAUUGAAAAAUAAUACUAGAACUGGGAAAUAGAAAUAGCUUGCAUAAGAAAUUUCAAACAUCAAACAGUAUUUCUAUUAUAAUUAAAUAUUUUAAAAUAUGUUGUUUUAAAUUAUUAAAAUUUCAACAAAUAUAAAUUGUAUAUGAUGAUUGCAAAAUCACGAGUUGUGGUAAAAUACUUCUUGUUGCUAUAAGGAUUUUCGUAAUUUGAUACUAAUUAGAUCAAAAAUGUAUAAUUGUUUCUGUGUAAUUUUUUGUCAUUUAUCUUUAGAUAUUUAGCCAAAUGCUCAGUUUAUACAUAUUAUAGCCUAUGAAUUGUUAUGUAUACUUUGUAGUAUAUUAUGUUCCUACUUAUAUUUUCAUUUCUGAAAUCUAAGUGAUAUUUUGUGAUAGUGUUUGAUUAUAUUUUGUGUAUUUACUUGGUUUGAGGUCUUACAACAUGUAUUAAAGUAUUUACAAUUUCAA